CCGGCCUCUUCAACUGGGGUCCAUGGAAACAGCUUGCGGCUGCUCCUAGGAGCGGUUUUAGCCGCUCGGGCCCAGGCUCGAACACUCCGACCAGAUCCUGCGUGGACUCGGACAUCGAGAUGACCGAUGCUUGGCUCCCUGGGGCAACCUCGCAGGGUGAGGACGGACGUCGAGAUGGUUCAUUCUCCUUCUGCGGACAUGACUGCCACGGUUACGACGGCGGCUCCUAUCACCAAGCUCCCUCGACCACUGCAAACACUGAGACCACUAGCACAACUAGCACCACUACUACCUCUACGACCACUAUGUCUUCCACCUCUCAGAUGCCGGCAGAAUUGGACGCCAGCCAGCGGAAGAAGGUUGACAACGAGAACAAAAGGCGUUGGGGCCUGUGGUACCUGCCAGAGCGCAGUCCUAGCCCAGUCCGUGGGCCCAACGAUCUCUAGACGGAGAAUCCCGAAUCUAGCAAGUGAUGAUAGCCUUGUAGCUGCAUCGAGAACAUCUAGACUAUCACAAAGAUGGGUCACGAUAGGUUCGAGAUAUGGAUGACGCUAAUACCUGCACAGGAGAGAUAAGACUCAUAAAUUACCACCAACUCUAGACCUUCCUUAGCUUUCUUAGUCUGAUUCAUAGCAGUAAUAGGCGAACUUAGACACACA